GGGCGAGCGUUGGGCUCCGCCGCGCUGCGCUGAGCUCCCGGUCCGCCUCAGUCUCGGGGAGCGAGUCAGGCCUGCCGCCGCCGCAUCGGGCUGCCGCAGCCCCGGGCCAGGCCCCGGCCGGGCAGAAGCACAGGGUUUCUCUGUACUCGCCCUGGGUGUCCUGGAACUAGCUCUGUAGGGGCCUUGAACUCACGCCUGUCUCUGCCUCCCAAGUGCUGGGACUAAAGAUCUGGCCAUCCCCAGAGGAACCAUUCUUCGUGCAGUUGCCAAAGCCAUAAGUUUGAAGACCUUUGAUGCUUCUCCUGCACCCUCCAAUUGCAAUGAACUUAGACUCUUGCUUGUGCACAUACCAUCUCUCUUCUGUUGGACUCAGCCCAGACCCUUCUACCUGCAUUUCCCCAGAACAUCUAUUUUGGAACUUCUUAGGACUUUUAUAUUUCAAGGCUGCAGCUUAGAAAGGCAUCUGUUAUGCACCUUAAGCCAUACUGGAAACUCCAGAAAAGAGAGCACCUUCUCGAUGUCAGCAGGGACCCCCUGAGAAGAGCUGCGAGCCGCCAAAACGCUGUCAGUGAUGAGAAAGACAAAGCUAACUACAUGAAACCAGCUGUCUUUGCUUCAACCUCCCCUGUCAAAGCAACAUCUAGAAAACCUUUUGGGAUCCUUUCUCCAAAUGUUCUGUGCAGUAUGAGUGGGAAGAGUCCUGUGGAGAACAGCUUGAAUGUGAAAGCCAAAAAGAAUGUGCCGUCUGCAACAGUGCACCAGAGUGAAGAAGAGGGGCUGCCUGGGAGCUGGGCUAUUGUCAAACCUGGAAACACAAAGGAGAAAAUUGCAUUCUUUGCAGCCCACCAGUGUAGCAAUAGGAUAGGAUCUAUGAAAAUAAAAAGCUCCUGGGAUAUCGAUGGGAGAGCCACUAAAAGAAGGAAAAAAUCAGGAGAUCUUAAGAAAGCCAAGGUGCAGUUAGAAAGGAUGAGAGAAAUCAAUAGCCAGUGCUGCCAGCCUGAGCCAUUUGCAUGUGGCAUCGAGCACUGCUCUGUGCAUUAUGUGGGUGACAGUGGGGAUGGUGUCUACAGUGGGAGGCCUCUGUCGGUGAUAGAGAUGGUUGCCUUCCUUGAGCAGAGAGCCAGUGCUCUGCUAGCUAGCUGUGCAAAGAACUGCACAAAUUCGCCUGCCAUUGUGAAGAUUACUGGCCAGUCCCGAGGUUUGCCUCCUGCACCUGAGCCCUUCUCUGCUCCGGGAACUUGUGAAGAACCCACGGAAAGAGGAAAUCCUGAGGCUGGCAGAUCACAGAAUGAGCCAGUCCGUGUCCUUGACAUGGUAGCCAGGCUGGAGUCCGAGUGCCUGAAGCAUCAGGGCCAGAGGGAACCUGGGACCCUGUCACGGAAUAACAGCUUCCGUCGAAAUGUAGGCAGGGUGCUACUCACUAACGGUGCUCAGGCCAAUGACAAGGAUGACAAAAGCACCACAGAUGCACCUGACACCCAGGCUCACCCCAUGCAGUUGGUGUCUGUGGGUGAAGGAACCUCCACAGCUGACCACUGUUCUGUGAGUGACCAGGCCUGGGAUGGUAUGUCUCAGGGCUGUCCCUCAUUGCCAGCAGUUGUGAGCUUCCAGACGGACAGUACAGAAUUAGAACCAGGUCAGCAAACAGCUGUGAGAAACUGCAACCGGCAUGACAUAGAAAUGACAGACGCACUUGAUGAGCCGUCCUUUUCUUCUCACACCUGCCUCCAAGCCGCUGAGGUGCCCUCAGAUGCCAUCCGCUGUAUGAGCCGAGCCCUGGGACCACUCAAGAAGCCCAGUCCUGCCCAGAGAAAGGAACCUGUGUGCAUGAGCAUCAGCGUGUGCACAGUGGAGACAGCCCUGCCUGCUGCUGGAGACGCCCGUGAAGAGCCUCUCCCGGGGACGCUGUUUCUCCUGUCGCCUGGACGGGACCAGCCAGAGUGCUCCCAGUUAAAGGAACACACAGCACAAGAGGCUUCAGAGGCCAGUAACCCUCAGGAUGCUGCUGAGGGCAACAGCGUAUGUGAAGAGAAGGAUGCUUCUGUGGAGCCAUUUGUCCCAGCAGCCUCUGCGGGGGAAAGUACAUUUCCAGUGCUAGAGGCAUCCAGUUGGAAGAAGCAGGUGUCUCAGGACUUCCUGGAGACCAGGUUUAAAAUCCAGCAGCUUCUGGAGCCACAGCAGUACAUGGUGUGCCUGCCUCACCACAUCAUGGUGAAAAUCUUCAGGCUACUCCCUACCAGGAGUCUAGCAGUUCUUAAAUGUACCUGCCGCUAUUUCAAGUUCAUCAUCGAAUACUACAACAUCAGGCCAGCAGAUUCUCGGUGGGUUCGAGACCCACGCUAUAGAGAAGACCCUUGCAAACAGUGCAAGAAAAAGUAUGUGAAAGGGGAUGUGUCCCUGUGCCGCUGGCACCCCAAACCCUACUGCCAGGCGCUGCCUUAUGGACCUGGGUACUGGAUGUGCUGCCACCGCUCUCAGAAGGCCUUUCCUGGCUGCAAGCUGGGCCUUCAUGACAAUCACUGGUUACCUGCCUGCCACAGCUUUAACCGGGCAAUCCAUAAGAAAUCAAGAGGGAGCGAAACGGAAGAGGAAUGCUGAAGUCCACGUGAGAGGCAGGGACUGUGAAACACCUGGGUCAGCCCCGAGGCAUGCGACCUCACCCUCGCCCUUUGAGAGUCUCUGCUCAGAUCAGACUGCCGUGGCUCAGGCAGUUUUUAACUCUGAAUUUACCAACGUACAUGAGAUUCGUUCCAUGGUUUUGUAUAGUAGUGCCUCGCAUUAACCCUUUCAGCUGUGCAGAACUGCCUGUUUUCCUCCACCAAGGACAUUCCGAGGUCACCAAGCAGUCUGCACUAGGGUCCUGACGUGUUCCAGUACUGACUGUAUUUGAAGUGAGUGGAGAAGAAAGCAAACCUCUGAGAAUUCUGCCUAACCCCGAAAACUGGGCACCUUCCCUUCUACCUUGUAUGCUUGAUCCUGUGAGAAUGACGCCUGCGGAUGGAGUUUGUGCCCUGUGCUGUUUACAGUGUAUAUAUGGUUGUGUUUGCAUGGGGCUGUGGAAGUGCACAUUAAACCUGAGCGCCUUUACCUGGGAUGAGUGCUUUGGUCCCUCUGUAAAUGACAUGAUUAAAAUUCAGUAUUGUAUAUUAUGGACAGUUGACCACAGAAUAAGACAGUGUCAUAUAAUAGUCAGAUCAAAACAUUGUCCAUCCUCUUGUCUGGUUUCAAUUCUUUUUCUUGAAACUUCAAUAAAAAUGCACACUUUAAAUGUUUACAGGGAUUUGGGGG